AUGAAAACUUUUAGCAUAAAAGAAAAUGGAAUCACAGUAAAUUAUAGCGAUGCUAUAAAUUUAAGAAUAAAUUAUCCAAACGAUAAAAGAAUUAAAAUCUCCAAAGACGGAUCAAAAUUUAUCAAAAUCGAUCAUAUUAAGAUUGAUCAUUAUAAAAUACAAACAAAAUGGUUAAAACCUCUUGGUAUUUUAAUUGCUAAUUACUUACGACAAAAACAAAACUUACUCAUUAGAGAAGAUCAAGAAUACCUUUUGAAUUUCCCUAGCGGAUAUGAAUUUUUUGAUUACGUAACCUAUAACGAUACAAGUUUGACGACUAAAGUUCGCACCGACAAUUACUUAUUUGGAAAGUACAGAUUUCGCUCAACUAAUGAAUUUUUACCACAUUUGAUAUGGAUGAUAUCAGAUAAAUCUGAAGAAUGUGAAUGUUGUUAUUGUCCAAAAAAUAGUCGUACGGCGAAAAAGAAGAGAGAAUUGGAAAUAUCCGCCUCCACUUCUUUAGAAAAUACCAUGAAGAAACAAAGGAUAAAUAAAUCAACACCUUUUUCAUUACUUUCUAUUUCCACCUUACCAAAUAAAUAUUCCCUAAUUAAUAAAUCACCAACCAUUUCUUUCAAUUCAAAUUAUACCAAAAAUACUUUGCCAAAAUUUUCUUCGCUUGCGCCAUCUUAUAACAAUGAUUCAUCUUUACAAAGGGUUUCAUUUUAUUCACCAAAUAAUCCUCAAAUAUCAAAAAUUUCAUAUUACUCCUUGAACAGCAAUAACCACACUACCUCUUCCCCCUUAAAAGAAUCGAAUUCCUUUGAUCAUUUGUGUAAAGCACAAUAUAGAGUAGAUGAAAUUGUUUGGAUUUGUUUACUAAGUGAUGAUUCAAUGGAAACCUUUGAAAAAAUCAACAAGGUUAUCACAAAUCAUAAUGCAAGGAUCCCUUAUUGGCCUGCUCGUAUAACAAACUCAACAUUUAAUACAUCGGUUUCAAAAUAUGUUUAUACCGUUAAAUUUAUUUAUCUCGUCGUUGAGGAAAUCAAUGUAUUAGAGGAUUAUAUUUCUCCUUUCUCUUUCUCUUUGGUAGACAUCACAAAUAAAAUUCGAUCAAAUCAAGUAAAAGAUAUUUGGAAGUGA